GGCUGCAGCAGCAGCUUUCCAGCGAAGAUGAAGCGCGCCCGGAAGGUUAAAGUUUCUCCAGCCGCAGGGAAAAUAUGUGGCAUGAAUGCUGUUGCUGAAUCAAGUGAAGAUUAUAUUGUGGGGCAAGUGGCUAGCAGCCUCUUUCAAAACAAAUCUGCAGCAUGUGAUUCAGAUGUCCUCCUACAACUCUUCAGUGCUCCUGGUGUUGAAAAACAGCCAAUGUAUGUUGCUGUGGCAAAAGAAAGUAAAAAACGUAACCAUAAAGAAGAGGAAAGUGUCACAGAAAUUCAAGAUUCUUCAACUAAAAAACAGCCUUUUAAAAAAAUGAAGAAAUCUAAGAAAGAUACCUCUCUAGCAAAUGAAACAGUAGCAAACAGGGAAUAUGCUUUGGCUCAUGUAAGUGAAGCAGAAGAAGAAGUAAUACAAAUGAAAAAUAAGGCUACCAAACUUUUUCCAAUCUCAGAGGAAGCUGCUCAAAUUAAAAAAAAGAAAAUUAAAGUUAACCAGGCUAAAGAAAAUUUAAAGAACAAGAGGACUCUUUUUGUGGGGAAUUUACCUGUUUCUUAUACAGCACAAAUGCUGAAGUCAUUUUUCAAAGACUAUGGACAAAUUGAAUCAAUUCGUUUUCGUUCUUUGAUUCCAGCAGAAGAUACAAUAUCCAAAAAAAUGGCUGCUAUAAAGUAUGUAUUGCAAAAACUACACCCUAAUAUGAAAUACGUUAAUGCUUAUGUUGUUUUCAAGGAGGAAUCUGCAGCAAAUAAUGCCUUAAAAUGUAAUGGAAGAGAAAUUACCAGUGGAUUCCAUAUCAGAGUUGACCUUGCUUCAAAAUCUACUUGUCAUGAUAACAAAAGAUCAAUAUUUGUAGGAAAUCUGCCUUAUGAAAUUGAUGAUGAGACUGUAAGAAAUCACUUUUUGGAAUGUGGAAAUGUGACAGGUGUACGAAUUGUGAGAGAUCGAAGCACAGGCAUCGGCAAAGGAUUUGGUUAUGUUCUAUUUGAGUGUAACCCAAAGCAUGAAUACUUUGCAUAG